GCACCCUCAGGAGCCAAGCGGAGCCUGACCAUGGCAGGAAAGCCCCUCAGGAAGCACGGGGUGACCGUCCGGCAGCUGGUGGAGGACGUCCCUGCGGGGUGCAGCCUGCCGGACUUUGAGCAGAAGCCCGUCACCAUGGCGCUGGCGGAAGGGAGAAACGCCAUCUUCCGAGCGGUGGUCUGCGGGACCCCCAUGCCGGAGGUGCGCUGGGAGAGCAGCAAGGGGCAGAUUAGCAACUCCAGCAAGUACCAGAUCUCGUCCGCCCCCGGCAGCAAGGACCACGCACUGCAGAUCAACAAGCUGACCGGUGAGGACACAGACGUGUACCGCUGCAUGGCCGUGAACCUGUAUGGAGAGGCCCUGUGCACGGUCAGGCUCACCGUCAUCGAAGUUGGCUUUCGGAAGAAACGAAAGAGGGAGGAGCCCCAGACAGACCUGAGGCAGGAGCUGAUGGACUUACGGAGCACGCUGAGGUGGGUGGCCCCGCCUCCCUCCGCCCAGAAAGUCGUGGACCCGCAGCAGGUGUGGCAGCUGCUGUUGUCGGCAGACCGGAAGGACUACGAGAGGCUGUGCCUCAAGUACGGCAUCGUGGACUUCCGCGGCAUGCUGCGCAAGCUGGAGAAGAUGCGCAAGGAGCGGGAGGAGAGGCUGGCACAGUACCUCCACAGUGCCUCCGACAUGACCCACAUUGCCGUCAGCAAGGGGGGAGUGGCCUCCUUCGGAAUGGAGCUGGACCUCAAGGACCCUCAGAGCAGGAUCUCCCUGUGUAAGGAUGGAGAGGAAGUCCCCUUCAGCUCCGACGGCCACGCCAAGCACAGCUUGCAGCAGCUGGGGAAACGCUACAGCUUCCAGAUCCAGGACCUGUGCCCGGAGGACGCCGGCAUCUACGAGGUCAAGGUGGAGGACGUCGAGAUCUUCACCACGGAGCUGGAGGCGGACACCAUCCCGCCCAGCGUGGUGGUCCCGCUGACCGAGACCCGCUGUGAGGAGGGGGGCGAUGCGGUCUUCGAGUGCGUCCUUUCCAACUCCUGCCCCGACGCCUCCUGGAAGUUCCAGCACCGGCAGCUCCAUCCCAGCGACAAAUACGAAGUGUCUGUGACCCCCGACGGGCAGACGCACCGGCUGGUGGUGAAGGGGGUCUGCUCCUCAGACGCGGGCCCCUACUCCCUGGACACCGGGCUGCAGGCCUCUACCGCCUGGCUGGUGGUGGAAGCUGGCAAGGACAAAGGCUUUCCACCCACAGGCACCGACCACCAAGUUCAGGCGCGCAGAAGUCGCACGGAGGGCAGGCUGGACAUUGAUGGUCAAGAGGAGGACACCACCCGGAGUCCCCGAUCCAGACGCAAGCCGGGCACUGCUGGUCUCUUCGAGGAAGCCCGAGGCCCCCGGGGCCACUUCUCCCAGGGCCUGGCUGACACGGAGGCCAAGCUGGGGGAGGCAGCCGUGCUGUCCUGCAUUCUCAGCCGGGACCUGGGACCUGGCACCUGGUUUAAGGACGGAGUCAAGCUCGACACCCUGGACGGACUCGUGGUGGAGCAGGACGCGCUGGUGCACCGGCUCCUCAUCACCCACGUGCAGGAGGCCCACGCAGGGACCUACGCCUUUGAGGCCGGCGGCCAGAAGAGCGAGGCCACCCUGACCGUCCGAGAUCCCCCUGUCAUCGCGCCGGAUGUGGCCGAGCGGCUGAAGGAGCCGCUGGUGGUGAAGGCAGGGAAGCCGCUGACCGUGAAGGUCUCCUUCCAGAGCCGCCUGCCGGUGCAAGCCUCCUGGACGAAGGGCGGGGUCGAGGUGGACGGUUCUGGCGGCAGGCGGGCCCAGGUGGCCCUGGCCGAGGACUUCACCCGGCUGUGCCUCCCCAGCGUCAGCAGGAAGGACAGCGGUCGCUAUAGCGUGACGCUGAGGAGCAAGGGAGGCUCCACUCAGGCCGAGGUCACAGUGCAAGUCAUAGACAAGCCCCAGCCGCCCCAGGGCCCCUUGGAGGUGCAGCACUGCCGGGGGUCUGGGGUCUGCCUGCGCUGGCGGCCCCCGCGGGAUGACGGGGGCCGGGCAGUGGACCGCUACGUGGUGGAGAGGCAGCAGGCGGGCCGCAGCACGUGGCUGAAGGUGGGCGAGCCCCCGGCAGACAGCACCAGCUUCACGGACGCCAAUGUGGAGCAGGGCAGGAAGUACACCUUCCGAGUGCGGGCCGUGACCUCAGAGGGGCCUGGGGAGGCCCUGGAGUCAGAGGAGGUGCUGGUGGCUCCCGAGGCACUCCCCGGGCCCCCCUCGGCCCCCAGCAUCCUGUCAGCCUCCAGCAAGAGCAUUACUCUGACUUGGACGGCGCCCCGCGGCCCGGGCAGCGCCCACCUCCUGGGCUACCUGAUUGAGAAGCGCAAGAAAGGAAGCAACACGUGGACGGCCGUGGCCGACCAGCCCGUGCCGGAGCGCAAGUGGACCGUGACCGACCUGAGGCCCGACUGCCAGUACGAGUUCCGGGUCACGGCCAUGGCUCCCUCCGGCCCCGGGCAGCCCGGGCCCCCGUCAGAUCCCGUCUUUGCGCGGGACCCCAUGAGACCGCCUGGGCCGGUGCGGGACCUCCAGGUCACAGGCACGUCACACGCCAGCAUCAGCCUGCGCUGGGCCCAGCCGGACUCGGGGGACGGGGACGAAGCGCAGGGGUACUUGGUGGAGCUGUGCCCCUCGGACAGCCUGGAGUGGGCCCCGUGCCACGCCGGCACCCUGCUCGCCACCGCCUACACAGCCAAGGGGCUCCGGCCCCGGGAGGGCUACUUCGUGCGGGUCGUCGCAGUGAACGAGGGGGGCCGCGGCCCGCCCACGGCGCUGGACAUGCUGGUGCAGGCCUCGCCCGUGUCUGUCUGUCCCAAGUUCCUCAUGGACUCCAGCACGAAGGACUCGCUGGUGGUCAGCGUUGGGGACACUGUCCGCGUGCCCGUCACCUUUGAAGCUGCCCCCCUGCCGGAGGUGACCUGGCUGAAGGACGGCCUGCUCCUGCCCAGAAGAUACGUGACCUCCACGGAGGACGGCCUCACGCAGCUCCUGGUGCCGGUGGCCAGCCUCGCAGACAGUGGCUCCUACACCGUGGUGCUGAGGGGCCUGCAGGGCCAGGAGGCCACCUACACCUUCUUCCUCAGGGUGGCAGUGAAGCCGAUGGCGCCCGGGCCCAUCACCCUGAAGGAGAACGUGCCGGGAACGGUGACGGCCGAGUGGGAGCCGUCCCCCAGCGAGGCCAAGGGUGUGCCUCUGCACUACACGGUGCUGACGCGCUGCUCGGGGAGCGGCCCCUGGCGAGAGGCGGCCAGCCGCGUCUACACGAACCGCUUCACCCUCCUGGGCGUCCUUCCCGGCCGCGAGUACUACUUCCGAGUGGUGGCCAAGAACGAGCUGGGGGCCAGCGAGCCCUCCGACACCAGCCAGCCCUGGUGCUUGCCGAGGCAGCGAGACACGGUCACGGUGAAGGCCGCCAGCCACCGGGAGCCCAGCCGCAGGCAGAAGCCCUGGUUCGCCGUGGGCCUGCGCUCCCACCUGCUGCCGGCCGGCUGCGAGUGCCGCAUGACCUGCGCCGUGCGGGGCUGGCCCCCACCCCGCGUCACCUGGUUCAGGAACGGCGAGAACCUGGACGGAAGCCCCGCGGCGUACAGCACCGACACGCUGGGCGUCUGCUCCCUGGUCAUCGCCAGCGUCUCCCUCGAGGACAGUGGCCUGUACAAGGCCGUGGCCGAGAACGCCCUGGGCCAGGCCAUUAGCACGGCCACGCUCCUGGUCACAGACCCCAGCUCCUAGCCCAGGGCACCCCGGGCUGGCCCUGCCGAGCCACACGGCCACGGAUGGUGAAGCCUCCCACCCGACUCCCACACCGGCCCGGAGCCCGUCCUCAGGGCUGGAGGGCACUGCCCAGAGCCCGGGGGAGGCCAGAGGGCAGGGCUGCUGGGAAGAGCCCACCAGGAAAGCGUGGAAUCUCAGGAAAGAAAAGGAGAAUCUGGACGUUCGGCCUCCCAGCUCCGCUGAGCAUUGUGUCGGGAACCUCCCGCCCUGAGGGGCUUCUUUCCUCCCUCCAGCCCCAGGGAGAACCUA